GUUUUUGAUUUGUCUCUUUUUCAUUUGAAUUUCAUUAAAUGAAACAGUAUGCGACCGGAGCGAUUGCUGUUUUCCGAUUUCACAGGAGACAUAUUCACACCAAGAACACCGUUGAUUUUCCGUGAGCCAGCACUAACAACGGUUGCCAAUAUUUUUGUGUUACCACUUGGAUUGGACGUAUGGAAGUGUACGUUCAUUUUGGUAGUGGUGAUAAUCAUUGUAAUGACACUACAGUUGAUACAUCCGUUGCUCCGAUCGUCAGUUACAUUAUACGAUGUUGUGACAUUUAUUCUGGGUGCAUUUUGUCAACAGGGCACUCACUUAAACAUACCCACCACAUCCGGUCGAUUCAUUGUUUUGACCACAUUUCUAGCCACUUUGGCACUUUUCACAUCCUAUUCAGCGAGCAUUGUGGCACUUUUACAGAGUCCAAGCAAUUAUAUUAAAACUCUUGACGACUUGAUUGCAUCUCCGAUGAAAGUUGGCAUUCACGAAGCUGGAUACACACAUUUUUAUGUAAAAUCCAACUUUUCGGGAAUAACUGAAAUUUAUAGAAAGAAGAUACAGCCACAGGGAGCUGCUGGAUGGAUUUACGAACCAUUUGUUGGCAUCGAAAAAGUUCGCACACAACUAUUUGCAUUCCUAUUGGACAGUCAAUCCGCUUACAAAGCCAUCCAGAAAACAUACACCGAAUCGGAGAAAUGUGGCAUAAAGGAAAUUCAAAUCAUCGUAUUACCAACAUCUACAAUUGCCGUCGAAAAGAACAGUGGCUACAAGGAAUUGGUUCGACAAAGGAUAACUUGGCAAAAAGACGUUGGUCUAAUGAAACGCGAAGAAAUUCGGUGGAUCCCAAAGAAACCAGAAUGUACAAGUGGCCAAGCGGCAUUUAUUACAGUUGAUUUAAAUGUCAUUGAGCCGGCAAUCAUUCUUUUAUUGGUUGGCUAUGCAUUAUCGAUUGUUAUUAUACUAGUAGAGCGAGUGCAUUAUAAAUAUGCUAAUCGAUUUCAUGGUUAUACAUUGGUCUCCUGCCAUAACCUGAUGGAUUUGUGUGAACUUCGCCUUUUAGAGACGGAAAUCAGUGAUUAUAUCAAAGUCGUAUUGGCCUACUAUCGUGUUCGCAAUGUCGGUAUUCUGACACAUUUCACAUGCUUUUCGCUGAGUGAGUAG